AAUCCAUUAUCCCUUAAUGUUUCAAUGAUGGAUUAGUUGUCACAAAUAAAAUUCCAAGGUGAGAAUAGUUUGUAUAAAAGAAACUGUACAGUUGUCAAAGUAAUCAACUAACCAACCAUGUCUGUCAAAUACCUCUUUGCCAUGCUAGCUUUGGGUGUGGCCAGCUGCGUUGCCAGUGAGCUGGUUUCCCCCAAAUCAUCAGCUGCAAACACUAAUACUGGACUUGGUAUCUACGAUGGAAAGAAAACCACCAUUCAGAAACAUCCUUAUGUGGCUUCACUGUUGCUGGAUGGAUCACUUUGGUGUGCAGGCACCGUUGUCAGCUCCAACUGGAUCAUCACUAUUGCUGAGUGUGUCUACAGCUUAUCCACUUCAGAUCUGAGCGUAGUGGUCGGCAGCAAUGAUGGUCUCAAUGGCAAGAAAUACACAGUGAAAUCUUUCACAACUCAUCCCAAAUACAGUUAUGGAUAUUUUGACUACGACUUUGCCUGUGUCCAAAUCAGUGGCAAGUUCAAGUGGUCCUCUAAAACCAAACCCAUCAAGAUCGGCACUAAGGAACCCAAGGCUAACGCCAAGUUUACUGUUGCUGGGUAUGGUGACACUUCGGAUGUGGGAGCUCCAGCCAAUAACGACUUGCUACAAGGAACACUCAUGUGGGAAAGCAAAUCACAGUGCAAGACUUUCCUAGAGUCUAUUGGUAUCACUUGGACUCCUCGUCUUGCUUGUGGAUACAACAAGGGCAAGACCACACUUUGCCAGGGUGACUGGGCCGAUGCACUUGUCUAUAAGAAUGCUGUCUAUGGCAUCUUCGCUGUGGGAGCAGCAUCAGGCUUCUGCACAUCAGAUGCUCAACCUAGUGGGCUGGCUGACGUCACCUCUGUUGCUUCUUGGAUCAAGAAAGUUACAGGAGCUAAAUACGACUAUGAAUAAAGAUUCAACUACUUCAAGCUAAUCAAUCAAUAAAACAAGUGUUUCAAUUUAAUACAAAAAACUUAACAAUUUCUUUCAAAAACAACUAAAUCACAAAAUACAGUAUUAUUUAAA